GGCGGGCGCCGGACCCCCAGGCGGAGCGACAGGUCUCGGGCCCUCAGGCGGAGCGGCGGGCGCCGGACCCCCAGGCGGAGCGACAGGUCUCGGGCCCUCAGGCGGAGCGGCGGGCGCCGGACCCCCAGGCGGAGCGACAGGUCUCGGGCCCUCAAGCGGAGCGGCGGGCGCCGGACCCCCAGGCGGAGCGACAGGUCUCGGGCCCUCAGGCGGAGCGACAGGUCUCGGGCCCCCAGGCGGGGCGGGCGGGCGCCGAGGAUCCCCAGGCGGAGCGGCGGGCGCUGGACCCCCAAGCGGAGCAACAGGUCUCGGGCCCCCAGGCGGAGCGGCGGGCACCGAGACACCAGGCACGACAGUGGGCUCCGAGUCAACUGGUAUGACCGCAGGCACUGGGUCAGACAUUGGAUGGUCUGGCUGGACAGCGGGCAUCGGUCACCAGGCAUCAGGUCAUUUGGCUCGACAGCGGGCACCGCGUCAUCUGGCAAGGCAGUGGGCUCCGAGUCAACUGGUAUGACCGCGGGCACUGGGUCAGACAUUGGAUCGUCUGGCUGGACAGCGGGCAUCGGGUCACCAGGCAUCAGGUCAUUUGGCUCGACCGCGGGGCACCGCGUCAUCUGGCAAGGCAGUGGGCUCCGAGUCAACUGGUUAUGACCGCGGGCACUGGGUCAGACAUUGGAUCGUCUGGCUGGACAGCGGGCAU